AGGCUACUUCAGGUUGUUGCAGCUUUUACUUUUACUUCACUAGAUUUCUAAGCAAAAUUUUUACUCCGAUACGUUCUGCCCCAGACAUCAUUACUCACUACAAAAAUAAAAGAAAGAAAUGUAUGCAGCACCUGAGUGGAGCAGCAGAGAAAAUAAAUAUUCGACUGACAUGGCACUAAUCUGCGCCCAGCUGAUGCGACAUACGCAGUGAUAUCAGUCAGAUCACUUUGGUGCAGAGCGUCUCACACUCUCGUGUCAAAGGUGAAGCGAGUGUUAAUGUUUACUUUGAUAAGAGGAUGAAGAAGGACUAUCCUUCUGGGCACAUGAAGAGAAAAACUCAAUGACAGGUAAUUCCCCUGAACCUGUAUUCAAUUUUAUAUCUGUUAUUUCCUUUAUUCCCAUCAGACAUUCAUCAGAAACUCAAUCAUAGGAGAUGAGUAUCGCUGGCCAACUACCGUUCCUUACUACCUGGAGGACAGUCUGGAGAUGAAUGCAAAGGGAGUAAUCCUGAAGGCAUUUGACCAGUACAGACUGAAGACCUGCAUUGACUUCACACCACGGAAAGGAGAGGAGAACUACAUCUCUGUGUUCAAAGGGGAAGGAUGCUCCUCCUAUGUAGGCAACCAGCGUAUGGGGAGGCAGCAGCUGUCCAUUGGUGAACACUGUGACUCUCUAGGAACCGUUGAGCAUGAGUUCCUGCACGCUCUGGGCUUCUGGCACGAGCAGUCCAGAGCCGACCGUGAUGAUUACGUCAACAUCAUGUGGGAUCACAUUGAACCUGGUCACAAGCACAACUUCGAAAGCUACAAUGACACGGUGUCCAUGCUCUAG